CAGUAGCAGAAAUGGCUUCUUAUCCAAAUCAAGAACAACGACCCCUAAAAAAGCCAAAAUUGGGGCAGUAUGGACCAGAUAUUUAUCCACAAGAGCCAAAACAAAAGGAGGAUGAACUGAACACAGAGAAUGUAAAGAAAGGAUUCAGUAACAAUCUCGUCUUCAAUGAUGAGUAUGGAACAGCCAGGCAUGUUAACAUAACACAAGCAAAGUUUGGGUCAUAUUUUGACAUGACGAUUGCCAAGAAGACGGAGCUCAACACAUUUGGAGAUACAGGAAAGAAAAAACAACAGAUAAACCGGGAAAAUUUCUGGCAUGUAACCCCAAAUCAAAAAGCGCAGCAAUCUGUGAAUAAUUGGUUUAGAGACCUUGCUGGGAAUAGGAGUCUAGCCACAUUGUCUAAAAAAGUUCCACAUUUCAACAAGAAGGAGGAGUUGAUCUCUACUUUAGUUGAGAAUGAAGUUCCAAUGCAAAGAGCCACAUGGGCAAUAAAGAUGGCGUCGGCAUACAACAUGGCCAUGUUUGAGGGGAAGGCAAAGAAAAGCCGUCAAGUCAUGGACCCUUCAACAGAAUGGACACAGGUGUUAUGUCGGUUUUGCAGAGAGCAAAAUGUGAAAAUGCAUGACCAUUAUCACGGCGGACCACCUGUGCAGCAGACAGGAUUCCUCACGGCGACUCAGCCAACGCAGCUUAUUGAUAUCCAGGCUGUGAUGAAAAUCUGGGACUACUGUAUGGGUCUUAUAAGACACAUGUAUGAGGAGGGUCUCCUAGACAGACAAGAAUUCUUACAAUGGCUCGUAGAACUGUUGGAAAAAUCGAAAAUAUCGGAAGACAUCGUCACAAAAGUUGUCAUGUUACAAGUCUUACAGUACCUCGAUGAGUUUAGUUUAUCAACACUACUCAGCAGACGCCUUGCACAUUUUUGCGCUAAGAAGAUGGCGCACCUAUGUAACGAGUCAGGGUGUCUCUCCCCCAGAACACAAUCACCAUUGGUUACCGCAGGAAGUAACGGACAAAUGACGACGACGAGUGCUAACCAGUCUCUGCCAAGCCCCCUCCUUACUGUAUUAGCCGAAUACAAUAAUUGUAGUCAACACAGAGGGCUAAUUCUUCUCCUUAGCUCCGCCCUACAGUGUAUAACGCUAAAAUGCCCCACAGCCAUGGUAUGGAACUACUUAGGAGAAGGAAAAAGUUCGAGUCCAUUUUGCGGGUCACCAUUAGAUAUGUUACCGUGUGCGCCAUCUAGUUUACCAAUGCCCCCUGGGAUUGAGAAUGCCCAUAUAAGGCAAGGGAUUAGAGCAGCAGAGCAGUUGAUUUGUCAGAGGAGUCAGGCGGUUGAAGCUCGAUGGUCUUCUGAUAAAUGUCAACAGUCUACUGCAGGUACAACCAUAUCCCGAGUGCUGAACCUUCUAGAUUUGUUAGAUCGUCAGAACUUUGAGAUUGCAGAUAGUAGUUUCCCACUAGACAGUCUUUACUCCAAGAUGUUUAAUUCUCCACAGGCUAAAGACUGUAAUGAUAUUGUCCAAAACGAUGCUCCAAUUGUGGACCUAUUGUGCCAAUGGGCUGUCACGACUGAAAGAGCUGGGGACCAACGAGCAUUCGUUGUGGCUAAACUUCUGGAGAAACGACAAGCUGAGGUUCAAACAGAAAAAUACCUAGAGAAUGACAUGAUAGAUGAGAAGGGGUCUCCAGAUAAUGAAAUGAUGAUACCAACAGGGCUCCCUAUAUACCAGAGCCAACUUGUCACAUUUCUAGAUGAAAAAGCACCUGUAUUAGAAACCUUUGAGACCCCUCAAAACAGGCAAGCAUUUGGAAAUCUUGUACUGCUUUUUGCCGAGCUCAUCCGUCACGACGUGUUCUCCCAUGAUGCCUACAUGAAUCUUCUCAUUGCUCGUGGGGAUCUUGAAACUGCUCCACUAUCAACCAAUCAGAUGGCAGCUAUCCCGUUAGUGACUGAACCAGUUAGUGUUGAACCUGUUAGUGGCUGUGGUACUCCAGGUGUAUGUGGACCAUCCAGUGUGAAAUCUAACCUGGGCAGUGUGAAACAUAUUGAGCCACUGGAUGAUCCUAUGAAAGCAGACCUAGACAACCAGAUAUUUGAUCCACAGUUUGACUUCUUCGCUUAUCAAGAUGAACAGAAGCCAAGUCCUGAACAGCCAGCCUCAGUUAAGUCUAUCAGAUCAGAAAAACAGGACACCCAGAGCCCAGCUGUGAGUCACGGUCCUACCCCAACCCAGGGGCAAGUUCACGCACCACCCCCAGGCAAACAGCAAUCACGUCACCUCAUAUAUGCCACACAUUUUCCUAUCCCCCAGGAUGAGAAUUCGGUUCAUGAGUGCAAUCAACGAAUGGUGACGCUCUAUGGUGUAGGCAAGAGUAGAGAAGAGGCUAAACAUACAGUCCGAAAAGUCACCAAGCGACUUUUCUCGAAGCUUAAUCUGAUCGACAACAAAAACUCUAGCGAAAAAUACAACAUGAAAAGUACAUUUAAAAAGUUUCAACAAUUGUCCUAUUACGACCAGCACUCUGUGACAUCAUCAUGCACAAUGGCAGUUUUGGAACAAGUUAGUAGUUUCGUGAGCCGCACGUCGACGUAUCUACCUCUGUUGGAGAAUAUCUCGUAUUUAUUGGACCUCAUGGAGUACUGCUUGAAUAUCAAUGGCUUACUGGAAUUCGCAAUACAGUUGUUGAAAGAAAUGAAAGAGGUUGAGUUCCAUGCGUCCAGUCUCAGAGGGAGCUACAUUACAUCACUGUGUCUAUGUUUAGUCGCCAUACUUAGGAAAUACCAUGCUUGUCUAUUGUUGUCACCUGACCUAGCCAUAGCAGCAUUUGAGGGGCUGAUCAGUGUAGUGAAACAGUGUGUGAAUUUCAUAUCUGAUUGUUCCUCAGCGGAGCGUUGCAUACUAGCAUAUCUACAUGAUCUUUACACUUCAUCGACAUAUAUCAAGAAUCGAUUCCAAGAGGAUUUUGCGAGUGUAUGUUCCAAAGUGAAGCAAGUUCUUUAUGAGAUGUUGACGCCAACUGCCUCCAAUUUGAGAUGGGACCCUAACUAUCUAACUCACCUCAUCACAAGUGCAAACAACCAAUCAAAGCCUGAACGAGCCUUGGUGACCCAACUGAGUGAGAACCCAACGAAUCGUUACAGCUUUGUGAUAAACGCCCUCCUCAAUGUCUGUAAUGGACAAAGCAUAGAAAGGUUAAACGAGACAUCUAUACUGUGUGCUGAGUUGACGGCAUGUUGCAACAAGCUGAGUGCUGAAUGGCUAGGACUUCUCAAGGCGUUAUGCUGCUCAGCCAAUCACAGCAAUUGUGGCUUCAUCGAUGCUCUAGCCCAGGUUGAUGUCACAGAUUUAUCAAUUCAUGACUCGUUGGCUGUUUUUACCGCAAUUUUAGUCGCCCGUCAUUGUUUCUCGCUCCACGAUUUUGUUUAUCACGUUGCCCUGCCAUCUCUGCUGUCAGCUAUUCCUACAGGUGGAGGUGACCGUGACGCAGAAACUGGUGCAAGAUUGACCUGCCAUCUAUUGUUGCGGUUAUUUAAAACGGCACCUUCGGGAUCAAUGACAGCAAUUCCAAAUGUGAAAAAUGUCUGCAGUAUAAGAUUGUCAAGUGAUCGCCAUCUAUUGGCUGCGGCACAGAGUAAACUGAAGCAAGGGCCCAUCCUGGCUGUCUUGAAGUUGAUCCUUAUUUUAGCGGACUCCGGUAACUAUGAGCCAAAGUCAAAGUCUGCCGCUGAGAAAUCUGGUGACAUCAUCACAAAGUUGUUCAGUAGCCUUGAAGAUGAUGAGGAUAUGGACAUGAUGUUGGGGACAUCUUCAAAGAGAAUUGGAAUGAAAUCAGUGGGUCUAAAUCAAUUUGCCAAACACACGUUACGGGAGAUGUGCAGUCAGUCUUGGGUGCGUGAAAAGUUCCUUAAAGAUCCUCAGAAUCUUUUCCAGCAUGACCUACUUUUGGAUGAUCAGCUUACGCCAAAACAGAGGCGCCACCUUUUGCACAUUAUAUGCUACCGAGAGCCACUGAAGCAGACACCGUUUGACGAUGAUGACGAUGAAGAUGAUGAUAUUUUUGACCAGAAGGAUAGGAUUACUAAAAUAUUACAGAAUCUGGCCAUGUGGUCUUUAAGAGUGAACUGGCUAGAACUACAGCUGAUGUUCAAACAAGCCACUUCUAUUCAGAUGUCAAAUCUUCUAGAGAAUAUCGCCAAGGCAACCAUAGAAGUUUUCCAGCAGCAGACGGAGCCUAAAGGUUCAAAUAAAGAUGGCAGCACUAAUGGGAAUAAUGGGAAUAAGACAUCAAGAAAUGACCAGGAAGGGAGCGUUUGGUUGGUUGCUCCUCUGAUCUCCAAGUUGCCAGGCAACGUCCAGGGACGUGUGUUGAGGGCCGCAGGUCAGGUCCUCGAGAGUGGCAACAACUUCUGGUCACGUAGUAAAUAUGACAAGGAUCGUAGUGUACAAAGAAGUACAUCCCUCUUGAGCCACCAACCAUUCUUGUCUUUGGUAUUGACAUGCCUAAAAGGACAAGACGAACAGAGAGAGGGGCUUCUUAACUCUUUGCAUUCACAAUUGGAGAAGUUCCUGCAAACAAAGGAUGAGAAACAAUUUCCAUCAGAUAACAAAAUUCGUCAAGUAAUGAGUGAGGCCCUGCAGUUGCGCCUUAGCUUGGUUGGUGGAAUGUUUGACACAAUUCAGCGAAACAACUCUGCUACGACAGACUGGGCUCUCUUGUUUGUACAGUUGGUCUGCAAUGGUGUUGUGGAUACAUACAACAACAGUGAGCUGUUCACCAGUAUAAUAGACAUGUUGUGUGUGAUGAUACAUGGGACCUUAGUGACAGAUGCAAACCCAGAUAAAGAUGACGCCAAACCAUCUAGUAAUGAAGGAAGAAAAUUGUACCAGAAUAUUACAAAGAAAUUACGAAAAGAGGUUGGUGACAAGUCCUCAGAGGGUAUUAACAUAGUUCGCCAACUAAUACCUCUACCAAAGAAAAUGUGUGAGAUCAUUGCUUGUCAGCCAUUCGUAGAUAACAAAGGUCAAAAAUCACAAGGUUUUGAGAAUGCGGAGAAAAAGCAGGGUUGUCUACAAGUAGACCAGAAGAUGAAGGUCAGCCCCUGGGAUCUACUAGAAGGUCAUAAGAACCCCGCGCCAUUAUCUUGGUCAUGGUUUGGUGCUGUUAAAAUGGAGAGGAAGCCAUUGAAAUAUGAGGAACAACACAGGUUACUGCUGUAUCACACUCAUAAUCUUGAAAAGCCAGCCAGUCAUUAUUUGGAUCCCCCAGUAUUACCCCCUGAGGAUUUAGAACCACCCCCAGAUAAACAGGAAAAAGCCAAAACUCAAACUGAGGAGAAACCUCAAACAGGUGUGGAAUCAGAUGAUGGCAAGAAACCCACCAAGAAAAAGAGAAUCAAGCGUGUCCCAUCAGGAAGUCGCAAUUCUUCCUAUAUGGACGUCACUAGUCCGAGAAGUUCAACAUUUUACAACAAUGAGCCAGUAAUGUACCAGCAGCCCCAGACAAAUAGCUGGGGGUCAUACAACCAAACCCCCAUGAAUCCACCUUAUUAUGGUCAUGGCCAGCAGUUGCCACCUGGGGGACCACGAUUUGGUGCAGGAUUUUCUCCAGUGAAGAAUAAACUUCACACCAUGCUGAAUAAUAGACAUCCUCAGGGGGCUGCCAACUACAUGUCACCAAAUAUGAUGCAAAAUCAGGUAUCUGACCAGAAAAAACGUCAGAUGCUACUCCGCAAUGAGCUUUUACGCCGCACACAAAUGCAGCAACGUAAUAUAGGAGGCAGCAGUAGUGGCAAUAUGUUUGGGCAACCACCAGACCCUAGGAUGGCAGGAAUGAAUCAACAACCAUUGCAUCCUGGGAUGCAGAAUCAACCAGGUUAUGACCAAACUUCGAUGAUGUCAGGACAGUCAAAUCCCAUGAUGCAACAGCCUGGUUACGCACAAGCGCCAUCUUACAACAGCAAUCCUAGUUCAGGGAUGAUGCCAAACAUGGCUCCUCCUAGUGGGCAAUCUGGAAACUAUUUAGGCCAUCACCAAACUCCACAAUCCAACUUUGCACCAACUAGACAACAUAGCUUUGAAUCUCAAUAUGGUAGCAUGAACCAAGGCCCAGGGCCAGGGAGUGUAGCACCUCAAGGUCCUAGUCAAAUGCAUAAUAUACCAAGUUCCAACACAAUGUCUGGCAACUACAGCUCCAUGGCACCCCAGCAAUCAUACAUGGGACCACAGAAUGUACCUCCCAGCUCACAUCAAGUUCAGCAGUUACAGCAACAGAGGAUGCUAGCCAUGCAGCAACGACAACAACAAACCCAGCAGCAACAGACAACUGCAUUAUUAGCAGGAUUAAGAGGACAUUUAUCUGGUGGACAACCUCAACAACAACAACAACAACCUCCACAAUAUGGGCAGUUUCAACAACCCCCACAAUACUAGC